AUGAAACCUGUGUCUGGAAACGUGGUCUACAACGGGCCGCAGAGUCUACAACGGGCCGCAGAGUCUACAACGGGCCGCAGAGUCUACAACGGGCCGCAGAGUCUACAACGGGCCGCAGAGUCUACAACGGGCCGCAGAGUCUACAACGGGCCGCAGAGUCUACAACGGGCCGCAGAGUCUACAACGGCCGUAGAGUCUACAACGGGCCGCAGAGUCUACAACGGGCCGCAGAGUCUACAACGGGCCGCAGAGUCUACAACGGGCCGCAGAGUCUACAACGGGCCGCAGAGUCUACAACGGGCCGCAGAGUCUACAACGGGCCGCAGAGUCUACAACGGGCCGCAGAGUCUACAACGGGCCGCAGAGUCUACAACGGGCCGCAGAGUCUACAACGGGCCGCAGAGUCUACAACGGGCCGCAGAGUCUACAACGGGCCGCAGAGUCUACAACGGGCCGCAGAGUCUACAACGGGCCGCAGAGUCUACAACGGGCCGCAGAGUCUACAACGGGCCGCAGAGUCUACAACGGGCCGCAGAGUCUACAACGGGCCGCAGAGUCUACUACGGGCCCUACUACGGGCCCACCAGAAGAGUUGAGCUGUAUCAUAGGAGAGCACCAGAAGAGUUGAGCUGUAUCAUAGGGGAGGUACGCUACAGGACCGGUCUCCAGUCAGCCAAGCUGCUGCGCCAGCUGAAGAGGAGAGACCGCCUCAGUCACAAGCUCCAGAAGAACUAUGACAUCAUCACCGCCUGUCUGCAGGCCGUGUCCCAGAAGAGAAGAGUGGACACCAGGUUAAAGUUCACCAUCGAACCUUCUCUGGGCAAGAACGGCUUCCAACAGUGGUAUGAUGCUCUGAAGGCUGUGGUCAGACUUCCUACAGGCAUCCCUAAAGAGUGGAGGAAGAGGGUAUGGCUGACUCUAGCUGAUCAGUACCUCCACAGUAUCUCUAUCGACUGGGACAAAACUCUCCGCUUCGCUUUCAACGAACGCAGUAACCCUGACGAUGACUCACUGGGCAUCCAGAUUGUUAAGGACCUACACAGGACAGGUUGUAGUUCAUACUCCGGCCAGGAGGGGGAGCAGGACCGGGUGGUGCUGAAGAGGGUACUCCUGGCGUACGCUCGCUGGAAUAAGGCUGUAGGAUACUGUCAGGGCUUCAACGUACUGGCAGCGCUCAUACUGGAGGUUACAGAGGGCAACGAGAGCCACGCACUCAAGGUGAUGAUCUACCUGAUAGACAAGGUGCUACCAGAGAGUUAUUUUGCCAACAACCUGCGUUCUCUGUCUGUGGACAUGGCUGUGUUUAGAGAUCUCCUGAGGAUGAAGCUGCCUCAUCUCUCACAGCACCUACACCUCCUGCAGAAGACUGCUGAUAGAGAGGCUGGAGGCAGCUACGAGCCUCCCCUGACCAACGUGUUCACGAUGCAGUGGUUUCUGACCAUGUUUGCUACGUGCCUGCCCCCCAACACCGUGCUAAAGAUCUGGGACUCUGUGUUCUUCGAAGGUUCUGAGGUUCUGCUGAGGGUGGCUCUGGCCAUCUGGUCUCACCUAGGGGAGCAUAUAGAGUACUGUCAGACAGCAGACGACUUCUACAGCACCAUGGGAUGGAUCACUCAGGAGAUGUUGGAGAACAGCCUCAUAGACUGUAGCCACCUCAUGCAGACGGUGUACUCCAUGGCUGUGUUUCCAUUCCCUCAGCUGGCUGAACUCCGAGAGAAAUACACCUACAACAUCACCCCCUUCCCCACCUCCAACCCCAACGGCAGUGGUGGUCUAGGUGGCUGGGAGGGUGAUGAAGACGAGGAUGAAGAUGAAGAUGCAGUGGUGACAGCAGCGUUGGGAUGUUUGGGUCCUCUGGGGGGGCUGUUAGCUCCAGAACUACAACGGUACCAGAGACACAUUAAAGACCAGCGUGGGGGGGAGCCGGGCGGGAACAUGGCAGACCUGAGUCCCGGGGCGGUGGAUGGUGGCGGCAGAGCGGAGCAUCAAGCGGCCAUCAACAGCAUGCUGCAGGAGAGGAUGAGUACUGACAUCAGCGCUCUGAAGAAACAAUACUCACGAAUCAAGAGACAUCAGCAACAACAGGCCAGGCAGCUGUACAUACACACAGAUCGAUGUCCAGCCACCAGCGUGUUAGCAUCUCAGCUACAUCCUUCUCCUGUCGUCAACCACCUGUUGCUAGGCAGGAAGCCCAGGAACAGCCUGAAACACCCUCCCUCCAGCCUACGAGGUGUUCCCCUGCCUCAGGACAGCCCUGCCACCCCUGGCCCCGCCCCUAACCCCGCCCCUAGCGGGGAGAGGGGGAGGAACAGCCUGAAACACCCUCCCUCCAGCCUGCGAGGUGUCCCCCUGCCUCAGGCACAGUCCAGCCCUGCCACCCCUGGCCCCGCCCUAACCCCGCCCCUAGCGGGGAGAGGGGGAGGAACAGACUGGUAUCUCAGGCUGAAGACUGGGGAGGAGGACAGACACCCUCGUCAGGGGGAGGAGGACAGACACCCUCGCCAGGGGGAGGAGGACAGACACCCUCGCCAGGCGGAGGAGGACAGACACCCUCGCCAGGCGGAGGAGGACAGACACCCUCGCCAGGGGGAGGAGGACAGACACCCUCGCCAGGGGGAGGAGGACAGACACCCUCGCCAGGCGGAGGAGGACAGACACCCUCGCCAGGCGGAGGAGGACAGACACCCUCGCCAGGCGGAGGAGGACAGACACCCUCGCCAGGGGGAGGAGGACAGACACCCUCGCCAGGGGGAGGAGGACAGACACCCUCGCCAGGCGGAGGAGAGAGAUGGGGGGGGUGAGGGGAAGGCUGAUGAUGAUGAGGGUAGUCACCUCCCUGUGUCUCCUGCCCAGGCCUCCAGUAAGGAGACUGUCAUCACAGCCUUUUACCUGCAGACUGUCAUCACAGCCUUUUACCUGCAGACUGUCAUCACAGCCUUUUACCUGCAGACUGUCAUCACAGCCUUUUACCUGCAGACUGUCAUCACAGACUUUUAA